GGAAAAAGUCGCGAUGUUUAUCAUACAAAGAGGAUGUUCAAGGUCAACUGUGUUCUUUGGUCAGGAGACAAUAAAUACAUUCUUUCUGGCUCUUCUGAUCACAAUGUUCGUGUGUGGAAGGCUAGAUCAAAUCAGAAAUUGGGUAUUAUGAAAACCAGGGAGCAUGCUGCCAUGAAUUAUGCCGAGGAGCUGAAGAGGAAGUACGGUCACUUCCCAGAAUUACGUAGAAUAUCGCGCCAUAGACACUUGCCCAAACACAUUUACCAUGCUACACUCGAACAUCGUGUCAUGAAGCAGAGCCGAGCCAGGAAGGAGGCCAAUGUUCGAAGACAUUCAAAACCAGGCACUGUUCCCUUUAUACCAGCAAGACAAAAGCCUGUUGUGGGAUUGGAAGAUGAUGAAACUAAUAUGCCAGGCUCCUCAGUUGACCAUGAGAAUGACACUUAGUACAGCAGUUAUAUCUUGUGCUGAAAAGAUUGCACAAUUAUUUUGAUUCUGUACUUGUGACACAGUGUUGAAAUUUAUUUUGUUUAUAUGUAAUUUUUGGGUUAAAUAUUUUAUUAGAACAUAAAGAUCUCCAUAAAACAUGUUUUAACUCUGUACUUAUUCGCUAUACUGAUGUAAUGAACUUUGUGCCCCUUUUGAAAAUAAUACAGGGAUAAGAAACUUCAAAUUGCUAA